UUAUGUUUGUUUCAGGUGACAAACAGUGGAACAGAAGUGGACACUGGUCAUGUGGAAUCAGCCAGCACCUCUGGAGAUGAUCCCCUUUACACCCAGCAUUCCGAGAAUAAGUCAGCUUUCAGUACAGAGGUAAAAAAAUGGGUAAUGGAUGAAAAAAGUCAUAAUCCAGAAUCUGGAGAUAAUCAGCAGCAGGCAUCUGCACUCCUAAAUCAGGUAGCAGAUGAAAUGUUUGCUGGUGACCAAUACUGUAUACUGUAUACUGUGGAUACAAGCACUCCUCAGCUUCAUGAGGUAAGCAGCCAUGAUGCCUGUUCCAUCAGUAGUUUGGAAAACAGUGAAGAUGACUAUGUCCCUGAGUCUUCAUAUAGUAGCUCAGAUACAAGUGCCUGCAGUCAUACAAUUUCAUGUACUAAAAAGAAAGCUGAAACUAAAAAAAAUCUUUCACUCAGUCCUACUACUGGUCUGUCCAGUGCUAUAGCUGACAGUGAAGCUGAAGUUGGGCAGUCAAGCUCGGUUUUGGUCAGAGGAAUUUCAAAGACAUCUAAAAAACCAAGAGUGUAUGACAAGAAACAGUACUGUUUGUUUUGCAGCAAACCACUAUCAAAAAUGGCAAGACAUUUAGAGCAGGUUCAUAGCACAGAGUCAGAAGUUGCGAAAGCUUUGAGUUUUCCAAAAGGUUCAAAAGAAAGGAAAAACUUGCUAGAUCACUUAAGGAAUAGAGGGAAUUUUGCUCAUAAUGCAGAGGUUGUACAGUCUGGAAAAGGUGAUCUUGUACCUUGUAAGAAGCCGAGAAAAGAUUGUGACUCCAAAACCUUUGUGCACUGCUCCAACUGUCAAGGACUCUUUGCUAGGAAGUAUCUUUGGUGUCAUAUGAAACGAUGUGAGCUGAGUAAAAAUGUUAAAUCCCAUCCCAAACCAGGAAAGAACAGGGUGCUCUCACAAAAUGCUUACAUGGGACCUGCACCUCCUGGAACUAGUGCUGGCCUGUGGAAACUGUUAAGUAAUAUGACCUAUGACAGUGUGCUGCUUGCUAUUAAUUCGGACUUCUAUAUCAGAAGAUUGGGGGAGUGUUUUUACAACAGAGUAGGCUCAGAUAUCAGCAAGCAUGAAUAUAUUCGACAGAAAAUGAGGGAAGUUGGAAGAUUACUAAUUACAGCGAGGGAAGUUACACCCUUGCGUAAAAUGGAGGAUUUUAUUGACCCAGCUAACUUUAUGUAUGUCAUAACAGCUGUUCGAAAAUCCAGUGGUUAUGAUGAAGAAAAGUGCACAUUUCAACGACCAUCCCUCGCAUUAAAGCUUGGUCAUAGUUUACAGAAGAUUGCUUCUUUGGUUUCAUUUCAAGCAAUGAUGGAUCGAGACAGUGAAAGAGCAGAAAAAGCACGCAACUUUUCAGAAAUGUAUAUGGCAAGAUGGAGCGAGCUGAUAUCAUCACAUGCACUCCGGACUCAGAGAGAAGUUAAGUGGAAUGCUCCACUUGUUCUUCCUUUUACUGAGGAUGUGAAAAUGUUACAUUUGUUUCUUGACCAAAAGCAAGAAGAGUACUUUCAGAGUUUAUCCAAAGAUGCUUCCACCAAGAAUUGGUCACAGCUUGCUAAGAUUGCUCUGGCUCAGACUAUCCUCUUUAAUCGGAGAAGAGAGGGUGAGGUCUCAAAAAUGCCAUUAAAGGCAUUUAUCAGCAGAAAUGCAGAUGACUUGCAUGAGGAUAUUGCUCUUGCACUUUCUGAGCUUGAAAAGAAACUCUGCAAUCAUUUUACCCGAAUUGAAAUUCGUGGAAAGAGAGGACGAAAGGUUCCGGUUCUUUUAACACCUGUAAUGCAAAAAAAUAUGGAGCUUCUUGUAGAGAAAAGAGAAAAUUGUGGUAUUCCAUCCGAAAACAUUUACAUGUUUGCACGUCCCGCAGCAUUGUCUCAUUUUAGGGGAUCAGAUUGCCUUAGAGAAUUUGCAACAGAAUGUGGAGCAAGGAAUCCAAAGGCACUUUCUUCGACUAAGCUGCGUAAACACAUAGCAACAUUGUCCAAUGUUCUGAACCUCAAUAAUACAGAAUUGGACCAGCUAGCUGACUUUUUAGGGCAUGAUGUGCGAGUACACAGGGAAUAUUACAGACUUCCAGAAGGCACUCUACAGCUGGCCAAGAUCAGCAAAAUUUUGAUGGCAUUAGAGACAGGAAGACUUGGGGAGUUCACUGGAAAGAACCUAGAUGACAUUGACAUUGAUCCAAAUGAGGCAGUAUUUGUUCAGAGUUCAGAUUUCUCAAGGGAUUUAUCAGGAACAGAGAAUGAAUCAGAUGAUGAUCUUGGAGCAGACCUACACUUAGAACCAUCCCCAAAGCAAGCCCAUGAAACCUCAGCUGACCAAGCAGCUGAACCAACCAGUUCCACAUCAGUUCCCAAAGGUGUUAAAGUGAUAAAGAAAAAGAAAUGGGAGACAAGUGAAGUGAAAGCAGUUGAAAAGCAUCUGGACAGGUUCAUCAAAACUUGCACAGUGCCAGGAAAAAAAGACUGUGAAGCUUGUAUAAAAGCUGAACCUGUUGCACUGAAAGAUAGAGAUUGGUUAUCUGUUAAGUUCUUUGUAAAGAACAGAAUCACUGCUCUUAAGAGGAAGAUGUAACCCAGAAAUAUUCUCUAUAGUUUCAUUCAGUUAUGUUUGCACAGAAAUUGGCAGUUUUUGUUUUUGCUAUUUUCUUGUUAUUGAUAAAAUGAUUCUGCCAUAACUGUAUUCGAUACAGUAUUUUUUUUAUUUGAACAGAAUUACUGAUAUUAAGAGAAAGAUGUAACCUAGGAAUAUUCUGCAUAGGUAAAUUCAGUUAUAUUU